AUAGUUUUGAAGCAUUAGAUAUUCCAUACGAAAAUUUCGAAAUAACAACAACAAACGAUAUAACUGGUUUUAAACUUGAGUACUACGAGAUAUUCAGAAAAUCUUUAAUUUUAGACGAUACUUUUUCAAUAAAAAAACUUUGGGGUGAAGCUCUUGAUAUGUCAACUGACACGUACAUCAUUAAAUUUCAUAACCAAUUAAUACACAAUACAAAACAACCAUCAUCUUAUGAAGAGGGUAUGGUAUUUAUUCAAUCGUACUAUAAGGCAGCAAGUAUAUAUUAUUUUUAUCAGAACUAUGAAUUCGCAUUUAAGGUGAUCAACGAUGGUUUGAAAUAUAUCGAUUCAAUAAAAAAAUAUUUAGUUUCUACAAAUCAAUAUGACAAACAAAACAAACAUGUACAUGUGUGGCGUACACUAUUAAAGACAUUGAAAUUAGAUAUAAUGAAACAUAUAACGAGUAUUUCUGUCCAAGAUAUAGAGAGAGCAGAUCAUGAAUUAUCAGAAGAAGAAAAUAAAUUUAAUGUUCCAGAAUAUGGAUCGUUUCCCAGUUCAGCAGUAUUAUUGUUUCGAAAAUAUUUUUUAGACAUAGUCAGUAUAUUCAAUUUAUAUAAUAUCUAUAAAUAUUAUUAA